UUUCUCCAUUUUGUAUGUUUUUCAGAUGGUUCCAAAUUUCCAAAUUAAAGCAGUCCGGCAAUAUUCAAAAACUCCAAUGCCAGCUUAUGCCUACGAUCUUGAAUCUGAUUCCGACUCAGACGGUGAAACAUCCCAUAGGCGAUAUAAAGACAAUAAAAAAAUGCCACAAAGGGGGGAAAGUGAAUUCUGGCGCAGAAAGAUGCGAACACUCCAUAACAUUCUAGAUGUAAAUCGAGAUGGUGUGAUAUCAUUUGAUGAUUACAGUUUACUAGCUAAAAGAUUUACUGAUGUGGGAAAUUUAUCACCUGAAAUGUCUGCUGAAUUUUUCGAUGUUAUGAAACAAACUUGGGAAGAACAAUGGGGUGAAAUUAAUCCCUAUAAUUUAGUCACCGCCGAACAAUUUUUAACUGAACUACAUCAUAAGCUCAACGAUAAAGAUUUAGUCAAAAAAAUUGGACGCUUUCUUCCGUAUCUCUUUAAGGCAGUUGAUAUUGAUCAUACUGGUCAUUUGAAUCUAGACCAAUACAAAUUAUUUUUCCGUUGCCUCGGACUGACUGAUGAGGAUGCGGCAGUAUCAUUCGCUGUGAUAGACAGAAACGGUGAUGGCCAGCUGUCAUUAAAUGAAUUCGUACAUCUUGGACGACAGUAUUUUUUAAGCGAAAACGAACGUAAAAUAUCGAGAAUGUUUUGGGGACCAUUGAUUAAACAUUGAUAUUUCCUUCUGGUCAAGAAAUGAUUUAAUUAUUUUCAUAGAAAUUGGCUAAAUAUAAGACUUUCAAUAGAAUACUAAUUAUUUAAGGUUAUUUUUGUAUUAGUUUAUAAAAAUAGAUUUAAGGCAUUAUUUUUAUACCUACUCAUAAUAAAACCGUUUAUAUUUUUAUAUUGAUGUAAGAAACAUUAUUCAAAUUUA